UGUUAGCGAGAGAACCUUAUUUGUCAGAGCAUUUUAUUUUGGGUGGUGGCUGUUUUAUGCCACUAAAUCCUGAUGACUCCACUUGUUAUAUGCCACCAAUAUGGCUGAAAGAAGGCACGGCAUCUGGCUCUCGUGAUUUUUAUAUCCCAACACUGAUUGGAACAAUACUUUCUCAGUGCGCCUGAAAACGCGAAAUUGGAUGCAUCACCUCUGGUCUAUUGCGUCUAUCCUAGAACUUUGAUAUCGCAGUUCAAGGCUGUCAUUCGCAGUCUAUCACCAGAAGGGGGCGCUGUUCCCUACUCUAGCCUCUCGAUGCGCUCUCGCUUGUGCCUGCUCUCUGCAGCCACCCCUUCCCAACGACACGCUCUUAAUGCAAGCAGAGCCGCUGAAACCGCUCGGCAGUGACACAGUAGCUGUAGCGUGAAAGAUGGUCGGCGGUCCUUGCGGCCGCAAGCUGGCCCGCCGCUCACGGUCCACCUUGAUAGCAGCACUCACGGUCUUACUUGUGCAGACGCUCAUCGUGUGGAACUUCAGCAGCUUGGACACGGGGGAGGAGAGAGGGAGCGUCGGCUCAAACGCCAGAGAAAAGAGAGACAGGGUCGGGUUCCACAAAGCAGACACCGGGUACCCGAAAAGUGGGCAGCGGAGGCAGCAUCACCAGCCUCCGCUUGGAAAGGGGGCGUUUAAACAGAAACAGCAGUCGGACAGCUUCCAGUCCCAGCGCUCGAGGGAGAAACCGCGCACCGACAGCAACAACAACGAGAACUCCGUGCCCAAAGACUUCGACGCCAUCGACAACAGCAACUUUGGGGCGCGCUCUCAGCCCCCCAGGGCCACGCCCAGGGGCGGGGUCCCGGAGAACCCGCCAAUCCUGAGCAAGAGCUCCAACGAGGUCAUCCAGUACGGCCGCGCCAAGGCGCACACGACGAGGCUAAACCGCACCCACCGCGGGGCGGAGCUGACCCCGCUGCGCCCCCAGCAGCCCCGGAGGCCCCGCCCCCAGCCCACCGCCGCCCCCGCGCCGCCGUACGAGCAGCCGCCGCGGUGCGAGAUCAGCGGUAAGGAGGCGAUCUCCGCGCUCUCCCGCGCCAGGACCAGCGAGUGCCGGCAGCACAUCGCCCACACGUACUGCCAGCACAAGGACCGCACGCUGAUGCCCGAGAGAGUCGCCCGCUACUGCCCCCUGGAGGGGAAGGCCAAUGCGAAUAUCCAGUGGGGGGAGGAUUCUGCAGAGAGCCCCCCGGCCACACCCGUCCGCAUCGCCUUUGUGCUGGUGGUCCAUGGGCGAGCCGCUCGGCAGGUCCAGCGCCUCUUCAAAGCCAUUUACCACUCCUCCCACUUCUACUAUAUACACGUGGACAAGCGCUCUGACUACCUGCACAGACAGAUGGUGGCGCUGGCGAGUCUGUACCCUAACGUGCGUGUGACACCCUGGCGCAUGGCCACCAUCUGGGGCGGGGCCAGCCUGCUCACCAUGUACCUGCGCAGCAUGGGCGACCUGUUGGCCAUGACCGACUGGAGCUGGGACUUCUUCAUAAACCUCAGCGCUGCCGACUACCCAAUCAGGACCAAUGAGCAGCUGGUGUCCUUCCUGUCUCGGCACCAGGGCAUGAACUUCAUUAAGUCUCACGGCCGGGACAAUGCCCGAAUACAGCGUGGAUCGUUCUUCCACACGGUGCUGGGGAACAGUCCUCUCUGUGAGAAGGCUGUGGACAACAACCUGCGCAUCACCAACUGGAACCGCAAGCUGGGCUGCAAGUGCCAGUACAAGCACAUCGUGGACUGGUGCGGCUGCUCGCCCAACGACUUCAAACCGCCCGACUUCCCCCGAUUCCAGCAAGCUGCCCGGCCCACGUUUUUUGGCAGGAAGUUCGAGGCGGCGAUCAGUCAGGAGGUGAUAAACCAGCUGGACGGUUUCCUGUUUGGGGGCCUGCCGGCGGACACGCCGGGCUUGUCGGCGUACUGGGAGAACGUGUACGACGAGCCGGACGGCGUGCUCAGCCUGACGGACACCCGGCUCACCCACUACCACGCCUUCGCCCGGCUGGGCCUGUCCCACGCAGCCAGCAUGCCCGCCCCCGACCCCAACGCCAGCAGCUGCAGGUACAUUCCCAUUGGCCAGCCCGUGGCGGUGCAUCUGUACUUCCUGUCAGACGUAUUCCAGGGUUACCUGGUGAAACACCAUGCCACCAAUCUGGCAACCGGCCAGCAGGAGACGCUGGAGACGUGGGCCGCACCCAAAACCGCCUUCAGGCUGGCUGACCCGCCCAACAGAUUCAGCCGGCUGGAAUUUUCUGAGAUUGGGACGGACUGGGACGGUAAGGAGCGGAUCUUCCGGAACUUCGGGAGCCUGCUGGGCCCGAUGGACGAGCCGGUGGCCAUGCAGAGGUGGGGCAAAGGGUCCAACGUCACCAUGACGGUGGUGUGGGUCGACCCCACCAACGUGAUCGCGGCCACCUACGACAUCCUGAUCGAGGGCAACGCCGAGUUCACGCAUUACCGGCCGCCGCUGAAGCUGCCGCUGCGGCCGGGCGUCUGGACCGUGCGCACGCUCUACCACUGGAGCCAGGUGGCCGAGACGCGCUUCCUCGUCACGCCGCUCGCCUACAGCCAGCGCGAGCCGCUGCGACAGGAGGAUUCGGUGAGACUGCACAGCGGCCCGGCUAAGAACAGCUACAUGGAACAGAGCUUCCACGGCCUCAACCCCCUCCUGAAGAUCCCGGUGCACCUGGCCCAGGUGGAGGAGGCCGAGCGCAACGCCCGGCUGACGGGGGCCGAGCUGGAGGCCUGGGUGGACGGCCUGGUGGGAGAGAUGUGGGCGGGGUCAGGGGUGUGUGCCGCGGGGACCAGCGCCUGCCCCGCGCUGCCGCACUGCAAAGAAACCCCCUGGAGCUCCCUCAGCCCCGACCCCAAGUCCCAGCUGGGCCCGCCCACGGCACAGGGCCGAAUCAGGUAGCAUCUCCGCUGGCCUGGACCGCCCGCUGCGACCCCGUUGCUGUUAUAGUACAGUAAUUUAUACAAUAAUUUAUUCAACCUUCCGUCACCACCUCAAAGGAAAAUGAAGAAAGGCUCCAAAUAUUUUCCCUUUCUUCUUUAACGUAAGCAAACCUGUUUCAAAGAACUACAGUAAGACCCAGGUAGCCCUGUGUCUGCUGGACUUCCUGUCUCUGCUGGACUUCCUGUCUGCGCUGGACUUCCUGUCUCUGCUGGACUUCCUGUCUGCGCUGGACUUCCUGUCUGUACUGGAAUACCUGCUGGCUUGUCUGGUUUGCUCCAGGCAUGCUCAGUCAAUCCUUGAUCAGCAGCCUGAUAGAGAGCCAGCAUUUCUGGGCAUCAUUCCACUAAACUGUGUGAGCAGCAGGACCGGAGCGUUUUGUGGCAGGUGUAGGACAGGGGGACUGGGGUACAGGGGUACGGGGUCCGUACCCUACGGCUUCUUUAAUCUCACCCCAAAUCUCUAACAUGCUGUUACCAGCCCCACCUUUCAACAGGUGCUCUAUGCAUUGGGAACACAGUUUCACUGCAGAAAUACCCAUUCUUUUAUAAAACGUGUUUCAGUGAUAAAGAAGAAUUAUUUAAGGAAGACUUGCAAAAUUGUUAUUUGGUUAGAGAAGGAGAAGUGGCGCAAAGGAUUCUGGGUUUUCUGUGAGAUGAAAUGAUGAAAGUGUUUCUAAUCCUCCCAUUGUUUGUUCCUGAAACAAAUGGAGACCUUCAGCGGUAUAGAUAAAGUAAAGGUUGGGGAUGACAAGUUACAGUUUUGAUUUUUAGCUACGCUGAGCGCAAUCUGCUCCAAAUAUGAAGUGAGCUGAAACGAACAAAUCCUUGAGUCUUUCUUAUGAACAGUAUACAGAGAGUCAUAGGUUGGAAGUUAAAGCUAUUUGGUGGAAGUUAUUUAUUUAUUAUAAGAUUAUAAAUCUGUAGAUAUUUUAGUCAAUGACUAAAGGAUGCAUGCUGCUUUUGCAGCUGGUGAAUCUUUUAUAUGUGUGAACGAGCUGCCUUUAUUUACAAAGGCCAUCACCCCAGACCUGUACCUUUCAUUACAGCACCAACCAACCAGCUCUGAUGUCCUUCAGCAACAAUAACACUCUAAAUCCUUAAAUACUUUAAAUAAUAAAUAUAUUUUUAUUAUUGGCUUUGGCUAAAAAGGAAAUGAGUAGGGAACCCACAGGUGGGUGGCAGUUGUCACUCCAGCUGGAAGGCGUGGCCAGUGUCCACAGCUGUGUCCAGCAUGGUCCACAACUGGGGAGUAAUGAGUCCAUUUAACCUAGAUCUGGACUUCACCUCCCAUCACCCCCUGUGGCAGACAUCCUGAACUGUUUCUCACCUGUGUUCUGUGGAGACUAAUUUGUCUAGACCACGGAUCUCAUAGUCAGUUCCUCGAGAGCUGCUGUGUCUGCUGGUUUUCGAUGUGUUUCCUGCACUUAAGUGCUUAAUUUGAGUCUUUGAUUGGCUAAAGAGUCUGCACACCUUGUUCUCAAAGCCUAAAUUGACCGCUGAUCGAAAGGAAAUGACGAAAACCAGCAGAGUUUAAGAGCAGUGCUGUUAAACCCAUGCCAUUUAUAAAGGCAUCAGAGUGGGCUAGCUCCCUUUCAGGAGCACUCAGGCCUGCCACACAGAGCUGGAACCUCUGGCUGGGUGUAGAAUCAUGCAAUCACUUUGCUAUAGAAUCACAUAGAAUCACUUUGCCGUAGACAAAGAAGCAUUUUCAGUAUGGAGUAAUACCCUUGUGUCAUUUUUGUGUCGGCAGAAUACAUGUGUAUAUGUUUCCAUAGCAACCAAUCUGUAGACUGUCACAUUGGCCCUUUGGGAGAGGGGAAGAGUAUGGGAACACUUGUCACAUGCCGAGGAAGCUUUCAUCUAAACUGACUUUACAUGCAGCACAGAGGAGACCUGCAUAUUUAUGAGCCUGCACACAUUUUUUAGGCCUUUGGUAGAUGCACUUAUCCAGAGUGAUUUAUACCUUCCAUAGUAUCCAAUCAUGCGGCUGGGUACACUGAAGGAAUACCUGAGAAUUGAACUUGCGACCUCAAGAGUUACAGUAUAGGCCCAAUUCCUUAACCAUCAUACCACACUGCUACGCACCUGAUUAUAUAGCAGAAUUCAUUAUAGAGAUCAGAUGUGUGACAAUCUGAGCACAGCUAUUUGCUGUUUCCCCAGAGGUGCUGGUGAUGGCAGGAAAGCAGAUCUGAUAAUCCGAUGUAGAGUUGUCCACCGCACGCAAGAAGAAGCAGAAAUGAGUUAUUCUUUUUUUGAUCUUUAUUAUAAUGUACAAAAAAAGAGCAAACAAAGCAUCUUGCUGAAGCUCCAUUAGUUUGGCUGAUGCAUAUAAAGUGAACCUGAUGCCAUUUUGGCUAAACAUGUUGUUCUCUCUUUCUUUUGUACAUCAUAAUGAAGGUGAACCGACAGAAGAGUAAUUCAUUUAUGCUUCUUGCGUGCGGUGGACAACUCUACAUUUGAAUAUAAUGAAUAAUAUUUAUAUUUAGCCCAGUCCAUUGAUCUGUCUGUGUUCUCUCUGUAGGUGUAACACACCUUUUGUUCAUGUAUUAUGUUUAUUUAAACGAAACAGUGUAAAAUGCUUCACUGUGUUUUUCAGAAGUCAUAUAUAGAAGCAGAUUCCAAAAUGUAAUAUAUAUUGAAUAUAUACACAGAUAUGAUAUAUAAUGCAAACCAUAUCAGCUGUUGCCAUUUUCGUGUCAGCUAGUGCAAAUUCUGUAAAAUGUAUGGUAUGUGUAAAUUAAAAAAAACAUGAAAUAGGGUCUAAUUGAUAUGUUUUGUAAUACUGGCUGCAUAUUUUGACAUGUUUUGUAAGUGAAAUAACUAUUUUGUUACAAAUAACAUGUACAUGAGUAUUUUGUAAUGAAUGUUUUUUUUAAACAUUGUAAAUAUUAAAUUAUAAGUAAAGUGGAAUGGAGGUAGGACUGGAAACACUGGGUUGCUAAUUGCUGGAACAAUGAACGGCAGGUGUGUUGUUGACAGGUGCGUUAGGAACAGGUGCGUGAGGAAGCUGCACCUGCGUGAAUAAUCAUGAGCUGCUCUUAGCCUCCACCCCCCCCCCCCCACCCCCCCACUGUCAGCUGCUAUUUGAUUUAUAACGAGUCAGAUAAUUAUUUCCUGAAUCACCAUUAAUGUCAGAUUACAGCAGUGAAAGCAAAUUACGAAGGGCCAGUGAAACCUGAGUCUGUAACAAUGGCGAAACAGCGACAGGCAGGGGCUGAGGUGCGGUCCCCGGUUUGAAUGAUCGUCUGCAGAUCUUUUCAGGGGUUUGUGGUGAUGGAGCGCUGCUCUCUGCUGGAAUGCGUUGCCGGGCGACCGUCGCCAGGCUCUCCGAAUCCCGCCUUUCAAAGGGCAGGUCUGUGCCUUAAUGUGUUCCCUCACGAGCACAACUUAGUUCUGUCUGUCUGUGAACAAAGCAGUGUACGCUUUUUGAGAUCUAUUCUUUUUUGUGUGUGACUGUUGUAUUUUUAAAUUAAAAAAUGUACAUUUAGAACUGUGUCCUGCUUUUACUGAAAAACCUUAAAGUUGUAUUACAUGAAGCACAGCACUCAAUAUUGCUUUUAUCACAGGAAUACCUCGUGCCUGAAUGACAUUUAAAAAAUAUAUCAACAUGG